AUGGCAGUGAGAAUUGUUGGGAUAAUUCAAUCAGAUACAUUUUGGGAGGGGGUAAAGGAAGUUAUUGCUUUCAUGGAGCCGCUUAUUCGUAUUCUUCACCUUGUUGAUUCAGAUAGUUCUACUGCAAGUUACUUAUAUAAAGUAAUAAAAAGGGCAAAAGAAAUAUUAAGAAAAUUUGUGGAGAAUGAUGGAGGGAAGUAUUUAGCCAUAAUGGACUUGUUUCAAUUUAGGUUAGAGAAGAAAAUUAUUCAUCAUGUUCAUGUCUUUAUUGCACUUUUGAAUCCUUCAAUUAUGUUUAGUGGUCGACUUGAUAUUGAUGGAACUAAAUUUAUGAAUGCACAAGAAUUUAUUAUGGACAUUAUGGUGCCUUUAGAAGAUCGGAUUUGGUGGCAAUUUAUUGGUAGUGCAUUUCUUGUGAUUCAAAAUAUUGCUUGUAAAAUCUUGAGCCAACCUUGUAGUUCCUCCCCUUGUGAGCGUAAUUGGAGUGCUUGGGAUGCAGCACAAACAAAGAAAAUAAUUAGAUUAGCCCCAGAGAUGCUAAAAGAUUUGGUGUACAUCAGGAUGAACUCUAUGAUGAGGGAGAAUUAUGAAAGACAACUACACAAAGUUUUAAGGCCUAUUGAUUUAGACAAUCUUGGUGACGUACCUAUAGUAGACUUUGAGCUUGAAAUGGAGAGGCUUGACGAGGAACCUGAACCAUCUGACACUAGAGUUGAUGGAGGAUCUACUUCAUAUAGUUUAAUGCCUCCUCAUUAA